GCCCGGCGACCCCCGCCACAUCUCCGCGUCCGUAGCCGCCCGCCGCGCGGCCUCCAGCAUCCCAUCAUGUCGGUGGCAGGGCUGAAGAAGCAGUUCCACAAAGCCACUCAGAAAGUGAGCGAGAAGGUUGGAGGAGCUGAAGGCACCAAGCUAGACGAUGACUUCAAAGAGAUGGAACGGAAAGUGGAUGUCACCAGCAGGGCUGUGAUGGAAAUAAUGACUAAAACGAUUGAAUACCUUCAACCCAAUCCAGCUUCCAGAGCUAAGCUCAGCAUGAUCAACACCAUGUCAAAAAUCCGCGGCCAGGAGAAGGGGCCAGGCUAUCCUCAGGCGGAAGCACUGUUGGCAGAGGCCAUGCUCAAGUUCGGCAGGGAGCUGGGCGAUGAUUGCAACUUUGGUCCAGCUCUUGGUGAGGUAGGGGAAGCCAUGAGGGAGCUCUCGGAGGUGAAGGACUCUUUGGACAUGGAAGUGAAGCAGAACUUCAUUGACCCCCUUCAGAAUCUCCAUGACAAGGAUCUAAGGGAGAUUCAGCAUCACCUGAAAAAGCUGGAAGGCCGACGCUUGGACUUUGAUUAUAAGAAGAAACGACAAGGCAAGAUUCCAGACGAAGAACUUCGCCAAGCGCUGGAGAAAUUCGAUGAAUCUAAAGAAAUCGCUGAGUCGAGCAUGUUCAAUCUCUUGGAGAUGGAUAUUGAGCAGGUGAGCCAGCUCUCUGCACUUGUGCAAGCCCAGCUGGAAUACCACAAACAAGCAGUGCAGAUCCUGCAGCAGGUCACUGUCAGACUGGAGGAAAGAAUAAGACAAGCUUCAUCUCAGCCGAGAAGAGAAUAUCAGCCCAAACCACGAAUGAGCCUAGAGUUUGCCACUGGAGACAGUACUCAGCCCAACGGGGGUCUCUCCCACACAGGCACACCCAAACCUGGAGGUGUCCAAAUGGAUCAGCCCUGCUGCCGAGCCCUGUAUGACUUUGAACCUGAAAAUGAAGGGGAACUGGGUUUUAAAGAGGGUGAUGUCAUCACACUCACUAAUCAAAUUGAUGAGAACUGGUAUGAGGGGAUGCUUCAUGGCCAGUCUGGCUUUUUCCCCAUCAACUAUGUAGAAAUUCUGGUUGCUCUGCCCCAUUAGGGCCUUAUGCUGGCUGGCUCACCUCCUUCUGACCCAGAUAGUUAAGUUUAACCACUGCUUUGGUAAUGCUGCUUCCAACACAUCAUGAAUGCAGGCCGCAGUGGAUGAGUCAUCCAGCCCACACAUGUCCUGCGUUGACCUGUGUGCUCCUACAGGAGACCCGGUGAUAGAUCGUAUCUUCCAAGGCCAGUGGGCCUGGCACAUGCUUUAAAACACCCUGAGACUAGCCAGUGGUCACAGAACUGCUCUUUACACAGUUCUCAGGAGGGUGUGGUUUCUGAUAAUAUAUCUGUGAGCCACAUCACAGCGAAACUCUCCUCACUGAAGAUAUUGUCUCUCACCCAGGGGCCAUCUCAAGCUCUCGAGUUCUCCAUGUUCAGAGGAGAAAGUCCUCUCUGUUGCACUUUCCCUUCCUAAAUAUGUGAGUCACAGAAAUGUUGGCGAAAACAUCCCCCACCAGCAAAUUGUCUGCUGGUCUAAACAAGUUGGGCUUUUGAUGCCAUCAACAGAAGUAUUAAUUGUCCAAAGCACUUUUGUUCUCCUACAUCUAUCUAUCUAUCUAUCUAUCUAUCUAUCUAUCUAUCUAUCUAUCUAUCUAUC